AUGAAAGCUCUCGUCUUUGACUCUUUCGGUUCCUCACACGUUCUCGAAUAUCGUGAAAUUCCCAACACUCCAAUUCCAAUGGGUCCUAACGAUGUACUGGUUCGUACUCGAGCCAUCGGAUUAAAUUUUGCAGACAUUUAUCGAAGGCAGGGACGUUAUCAUAUUGCUGGAGGACCACCCUAUAUUGCAGGAUAUGAAGGAGCAGGAGAGGUGGUUGAAAUUGGAUCGAACGUCACUCAUUCAAAUUCAGAUUUGGAAAAUAUUAAAAUUGGAGACUUGAUUGGAUUUGCAGAUGUGCCAUAUGCCAAUGCAGAAUAUGUGGUCGUUCCGUACGAGAAGGCUAUUCCUUUACCGAGUGAGAUUUCAUGCGAGUUGGCUGCUAGUGUCUUGUUACAAGGUUUGACAGCUCAUUAUUUGACAAGAGACAGUUAUCCAGUAAAGGCAGGAACAGUCGCUUUAGUUCACGCAGCUGCUGGAGGUGUUGGUCAAUUAUUAACUCAAAUGAUAGUCAUGUUAGGAGGACAAGUCAUUGGAUUGACUUCCUCUCAAGAAAAAGCUCAAAUUGCCUUACAAUGCGGAGCCUCUCAUGUUUUUCUAUAUUCCGAUCCCGAAUGGCAACAACACGUACUUCAAGUAACCAAAAAUGGAGAAGGUGUGGAUGUCGUCUACGAUUCUGUCGGUUCCACCUUGAUGGAUAGUUUUAAAGUCACACGCACUUGUGGUCAUGUUGUUUUUUAUGGAAUGGCUGGAGGUGAUCCAGUGCAUGUCGAUCCACGCAUGUUGAUGGACACGUCGAAAACAUUGACUGGAGGAGAUUUGUGGAAUUAUUUAACGAGUCGAGCAGAGAGAGUGAGGAGAGCACAUGAAUUGUUUUCAUGGAUUUCACAACACAAGAUUCAAGUGGCAGAGCCGACCAAGUUCAAAUUGGAAGAAGGACGAUUGGCUCAUGAAUAUUUGGAAAGUAGAAAAAGUACUGGAAAAAUUAUUUUACUGCCUUAA